CUUGUCCCCCUGGUUUGCUGAUCGGUUUACGGUUAAGAAAAGGAAAGGAAGCGUGUCAAAAGUGUUACUAAACUAGAUAUAUUUACCAUUUUCCAGAUCUCCGUAGUGCGGUGUCGACCGUCUUGUGUUCACUCCGUUGUCAACAACGAACAUAAGCAACAGCAACCGCAAAGUUUGCUUUGUUUCGAUUGACAACCGGCCCGGCAAAUAGGAGGGACGGCAACUACAGGAUUCCCUUCGAUCGACCAAUGGCGAGUAUGGAUAGGCGGGCGUUGGUGUCCGUCCACCAAUCGAGGCAAUCGUUUUCGUGUCUCCUAGCAACAAGCGCAGCACGAGCAUGCGCAGAGCGGCGGUGCAGACGGGCUGAUCCCAUGAUCUGCAACGGGAGUCUUUAUUAUUAUAUUCUAAUGAUGUAGAGAACGUUCAUCAUCACUGCGUUUUAUGAUGAAUGAGUGAUUGUGGAACAGACACUGCUUCGGGAUCACAGCAGAAGUGAGUGGUCUUUAUGCUGUCCUGCUAUAAUCAAAUGAAAAGAUUAAUGUGCAGUGAGUGAGUGGUCGUAGUGAUGCGUUACCUGCCUCCUUGCAGCUAUAACUUUACUUUGUUUACGUUAAAAGAACAAAAAGCUGUUAUUAUUUACAAUACCCAAACCAAUAGCGGUUGAAGAGAAUCUAAAAGUUGCACAUGCUUGCAUGGUAUUAACCGUAGAUCAGAGCGUAACAGGUCUGGGUAUAGCAUGUUAUGACUGUCGGGGACAUACAGUCAUGUUCUCCAGGGGAUUGGUUCAGAAGCAGCACGUCGGGCUACAGAAGGUGUUCGCGCUGGCCGGGCUGGCCCACUCCUCCCUCGGACCCUGCAAGUCCUACAAGAUGAUCCGGGAGAAGGGAAGCGGCGCGGCGGUGCUGGCCUGCUCCUGCGUCCGCCUGCUGGAGACCCUGGAGCUGAGCUGUGCGGUGGGCCAACUGGUCGGCGAGGCGGUGCGGGCGCAACACGGUGCGCACGGCACGGGGGCCGGCUGCCUGCUGUUCAUGGCCGGGGCGUGGAGCCGCGCGGCGCUGGAGUGCCUGCAGAGGGGGGUCCCGGCGCCGCUGCUCGUCAGGACCAUGAGCGAGGGGUUGGACGUGUGCCUGCGGGCGUGCGGGAGACACAGCGUCCGGUUGGAGCUGGUCAACAACAGCACGCCGCCGCCGGUACCGCGUUCCCCCGCUGUCGCCACGCAGCGGCCGGAUGCGCACGCUCACCCUGGGAGCAUCAGACUGAGCCACAGCAGACACUUCGGUGGCGCCACGGCCGCUAGCGCCGCCGUAGCGCUAGCGUCCCCGGCUAGUAGCAACAGAGACGUGGGGCCGGCGGCGAGGGCCCUGAGCCACGGCCGUGCCCGCUCCAUGGAUCUUGUGGUCCAGGCCGGCCGCCUGCAGUCAGCCCCCGGGGCCUGCUGCUCCGCCUUGGACCUGGGGCGGUUGGUGACCUGCGUGGUGCCCGGUCUGUCGGAGGACCAGGCAUGCGUCCUGCCGGGCUGGGUGGUCCGGCUGCCACUGGAGAAGGCGGUGCUGGCCCAGCGGCUGGGGGGCCGGUCUCUGCGCGUGGUGCUGCUCACCGGAGACCUCUGCGUGAGGUACCGCCACCUGGGCUCCAAGAGCCCCCCGGGGCUGAGCCACGUGGCGGACCGCCUGGCCCCCGAGGGGGGCGGCAGGGAGGCCCGGUGGGCCGACGGCGUCCUGGCAGCCCUGCUGCGGCUUGGCGUGGAGUUGGUGCUGGUCUCGGGGGCGGCCAGCGACGCCCUGGGCCCCCCCUGCCUGGCCCGCGGGGUGCUGCUGGUGGAGCAGGUGCGGCCCUCGGUCCUGAGGGCCCUCGCCCGGGCCUCGGGGGCCGUCCCGGUCGCCUACGCCUCCCAGCUCAGCGAGCGCUGUGUGGGGGCCGGGGUGACGGUGACGCCCUCGAGGGAACUGAAGGAGCACCAGGCGGUGUGCGUUUCCGCGCGGGCCCCCGGGGGCCUGGCCACGGUGGUGCUGACGGGCUGCGUCCCCGCCCGGCUGCAGGCGCUGGAGGACGAGUUCUGGGCCUGCGCCCGCCGGCUGCAGCGGGCCCUUCAGGACGGGGCCCUGCUCCCCGGGGCCGGCAUCAUCGAGAUGCUCUGCGUCCACGAUCUCCAGGAGCACGCCCGGCGACCCCUCGCGGGCCCCGGGGAGGCGGAGCCUGAGGCCGGGGCCGCGGGAGGCCUCUACAGGUACACGGUCUUGAUGCUGAUGGCGGAGGCCCUGACGGACUACGUCGCCACGGUGACGGCCAACAGCGGGCUGAUCUCUAAGCUCCAGGCCCGGAGGGUGGUGGAGCAGGAGGUGGAGCGGCUGGGGGGGGUGGCGGGGGAUGGGCGGUCAGGGGUCCUACAGGGGGAGGGCGCUCUGGGGGAGACAAGUCUGGGCGGGGCCUGCGGUGUUCUGGGCGGGGCCUGCUGUGAUCUGGGCGGGGCCUGCGGUGGUCUGGGUGGAGCCUGUGGUGGUCUGCGCGAGGCCUCCGGUGGGCUGGGCGGGGCCUCCGGGGGUCUGGGCGGGACCUGCGGUGGUCUGGGCGGGGCCUGCGAGGGUCUGGGUGGGGCCUUCGGUGGUCCGGGCGGGGUUUCGGGUGGAGCAGAACAAAGCAGGGUGUAUGAUAACCUGAGCGUGAAGGUGGAGGCGUGGAGGAGUGCCAUGGACCUGGUUCUCCUGGUGCUGCAAACGGACGCGGAGGUCAUUACGGGCGUCGACCCGGACUCCCUGCGGACAGAGACAGACUUAGUGCUGCUCUGAUGUCCGUCGUUCAGCAGGGACACUUUUACUACGCAAUUGUCCUUUAUUUUUUUUACGUAUAUUUCUACAAAGUGAAAAUGUGGCUGUAUAUUUUGAAAAAUACGGAAAUGGUAUUUUAUCUGUUGAUUUAAUAAACAACUAAAGUGAAUGGAUUAAUGCUUAACUCUUCUUGAUGUUUCUCACAUAACCAAUCAGUUUAAGUCAUGAAGACAAUGUUCCUGUGUAUGUUGUUGUUGUUCCUAUAUGGGACACCUGGGGGCGACAUACGCUCCAUGUGAUUAAGAAGCUGUUCUAUUUCCGGCUGGUUUAGUAGAGCAGUGUCACUCAUUAGCAGAUCAGCGACACAUUCCUUCAAGGCUUAGAGAAACACUUCCUUGCGAG